GACGGAGCGGGGGUGGAGCACCCUCUGGGCACUCCAAAAAUCAGCGCCUGUGGAUGGAGCUACGACCAAUCUACACCAGCUGGAAUCUGGCCUUGUCUUUUCCUAUUCUUCACUUCUAUUUAUCUUGAAGUUGGCCAGCGCCCAUCCCAGAAUUGCCAGAUGGCAGCCGUCCCGCAGACCUCUCCGAAGAGCGACUCAUGUGAGAUAAGUCGAAACACAACACCGUACCACCGUACAUUGGAGAAUUUCCAAUCUUGCUUGAAGCAAAACUUGUGUGAGGUGGAAAACAGCUCGGCAGAGGGCUCCGGGUGCAAACUCUGCCCCAGGCACUGGGUGCCGCACAGGGACAAGUGCUACUGGCUUUCUGAAGAGAAUCAAUACUGGAGCAGGGGCCGUGAUGACUGCUCACGGAGGAGAUCUCACCUGCUAGUGAUCCAGGACCGGGAGGAACUGGAGUUCACACAGAAAAUUACAGGAAAUCAAAUUCCGGUGUGGAUUGGACUCAACAUCACAUCCCCAGGGAGGAAGUGGACCUGGGUGGAUGGUUCCCCGUUAAAUCAAACGCUAUUCAAGGUAUCGGGUCCUGCUGAAGAGAACAGCUGUGCUGCAGUAAAGAAGAAUCAGAUCAAGUCUGAAAUCUGCAACACUGACUAUAAAUGGAUUUGCCAGAAGGAAGCUGUGCUCAUUUAAAUGCGGGGAUUGGCGACCUCUGUCUGCAUAUAUGGAAUGCAGAACAUCCUGGGUUCUCAUCUCCAUUGCAGCUAACAAAGCCUCAGGCAGUGUAAAAGCGCCGAUAAAGUGAAUGGCGCAAUGCUGAUUUACACCCAUUGUGGGUCUGGGCCCAUUGCCUCCAAUGAAGUUGCGGCCAGUUCACACCAGCUGGA